GUUAAAAUAAAAUCAUAGGUUUGCUAGUAAUUACUGGAUUCUACAUCGAUUUUAUCUCUCUAUUAAUAAGAUGAAGUUUAUAUUCUUUACCUUUGCCUUGAUAGUAGUUACGAACUGCUCACAAGUUAACGUAGUAAGAGAGUUACUUAAAAACUUCGAUUAUACCAAUGCAGCAGCAGAUCAGCUAAGAAAAGAUACUGAGAAUUUGAUCACUCAGACAAAAACAGAAUUUAGCACUUUAACUAAAUUGGCUGAAAGUAACAUCCAGCUAUCUUUAAGUGCAAUACAAAGCAAUGUUAAAAGUAUAUUAGAUUAUUCAGAGAAGAGAACUAGCAAAUUGAUUUCUUAUUUAAUAGAAGAUAUCCAAAAGGCCCAAAAGUAUCCAGUAGAUUAUUCGACAUGCUUGAUUACAGUGCCAUUCAUCAAGAGUUUAUCCGAUAAUUAUAAAUUAAAAACUAAGUUAGCCUUGGACACAUCUCUGAGAGUUGUUAAUACAACUAUUCGAGACGGUGUUCUAACCAUGGACCACAUGAACAGUGUUGUCAACUCUUUUGGCCUGUCUUUAUCUUCUUGCAGUGUUGAUGACCUGGACUGUAUCGUAAAAAUAUCUGAACAAGUUGUGGAAUCCAACGACGAUUUUCUAGCCAGUUUUAAUCUAAUAUUACAAAACGUUGCAACCUUACCGCAGUUGGCUGUAACAGAAGCGACAAGUGCAGCCAAUCAGACUGUAUACAAUGAUGAAGACUACGCAUGCGGAAAUGCAGAUCUCGUCACAAGUUGUAUACAAACAUAUAAUGAUGAUGAAGCCAUAGUACCUACUGAAUUAACAAGUGAAGCAAAUGAUUUAUCAACAGAUCCUGUAACUGACGUAUCUGACGUAACUGACCAACCUGGCCACUGUGAUCAUGAACCUUUCAAUCCUGAAUUGUUUCUUUGAAAUUUUUUAGGUAUAAUCAGUAAUAUUUAAAUUUACAUCCAACUUAUGUGUAUUUACAUUAAAUAUUUUUUGAUAACGAUUUUUUUAACAGUAUUAAAUAUUUUGAAUUUGAA